CUGCAGAGCCACUUCACUGCGUGAACAUGCAUUACUUACCCUGUUAUUUUUCAUGUUCACAUACAACCUUUAUCUUAUUUUUAUCAUAACUUAAUUGCUCAGUACCAACUCAGUUGGUUUUAUAUUCCAUAAGUUGUAUUGCUGCUGUUUCAGUAACUGCCAUUAACCAUGCCACAUUGGUCUUAAAUAACCCACGCUGCAUUUCAUGUUAGCAACGGCUUAAUCUGCAUUAGCCUGUUUUUAAACGCACCUUGAAUAAUCAAUCAGUACUCAUAGCAUACAUUAGGCUGCAUCAUUGUUCAUUGUACAAUUGCACAGUGUGAUCAUCCCAGUGUACUUCCCAUUUCCACGUGUCACCGAUUGAUGGCCAUUUCAACAUAUUGCUCACUUUGGCUUAUUAGUAAUAUGAUACAAGCAAUAUGUUUACUCUGAAUAUAUUCAGUAUGCAUCAUAUUGUUGUUUGACAUUGGUUAGCUAGGUGUAAACAUUUUUGCAUUUUUUUUGGUAAUAUAAAAAUGCCAUCUGAUGAUUUCCUUAGACUCUGCAUAGGCAAAAGUGAAACUGCAUAAGUAAUUUUGCUGUCUGACUGCCUUUAUUAUGAACAAAAUAAAAAAAAACAUUUGAAGCCAAAUCAGCCUGCUAUGCCAUUGACCCAUUGUACAGCGCUAUGGAAUUUGCUGGCGCAAAUUCCUCCUAUGUGUCUCAUUCUCUUCCCUCAGUUCCUCCAUGUGUCUUACUCUAUUCCCAGGCCCCCCCGUGUCUCAUCCCCUCCCCAGGAUGAGACACGUGGGGGGGAACUCAUUCCAUUCCCUUAGCCCUUCAUGGUGUCUCAUCCAUCCAGCCCCUCCAUGUGUCUCAUUUCCCACCAGCCCCUCCAUGUGUCUCAUUCCCUCUCCCACGGCCCCUCAUGUGUCUCAUUCCCUCACCCCCAGAUCCCCACGUGUCUCAUUCCCUCGCACCAGCUCCUCCAUGUGUUUCAUUCCCCUCAGUCCCUCCAUGUGACUCAUUCCCUCCCAGCCCCUUCAUGUGUCUCAUUUCCUUCCCCUUGACACUCCUCCAUGUGUGUUUCAUUCUCCACCAGCUCCUCCAUGUGACUCAUUACCUCCCAGCCCCUCCAUGUGUCUCAUGACCCACCAGAGCCACUUCAUGUGUCUCAUUUCCCCCUCAAAGCCCCUCUAUGUGUUUCACUUCCUCCCAAGGAUUAAACACUUGCUGUAUCAGGCCUUUAAUAUUGCAUUGGUAAUGCUUUUUUUAGUUCACAUUGUCUAACACACAUAUCAUUGUUUACAACUUAAAUCACAGGGUAGUCCGGAUAUCCACCAAUUAUUAUUAUUAUUGCCAUUUAUACAUGACCAGAAAGUUCUAAACAUCUAGCUUAAGCCCAACCAUUAAUGAUAAGCAAAGCCUUGAUUAAUUUACUGUUAUGCCUCUACGAAGCCACCCACCGCCAUUUAUCUAAAAGUUCCUUAGCUCCCAACACCCUUCCCACACUUAUCCAUCUAUGAGUCCAGGCAAGGAGAAACGAUUAGUUUUAUCGUCCAGAUCUAUUCAUAACUAGUUCCUUUUGGAAAGCACAUUACUACCUCUGAGUUAUUCCCUUUUCCGGAACGUGACAUUUCAUUGUUUAUUGAUUAUUUUCUCGUUAAGAGGUAAUUUUUAGACCAAAAAAAAAAAACAACUGGUACAUUGUGUUUAUGUGAGUGAUUCAAUUUCCACGUCUUUUGCUAAACAAAAUUACAAUUAGUUUUUUGUUUUUUUUUGUGCAAAGGCCAAUUGAUAGUCUCCCUACAUAUGAAUUGUAGCAAAUUACCUUUUACAUCAACCACAUAAAAUAUACUAGCCAUAAAUAUUUAACCCCUUUGUGAUUAAGCCUUUUCUGAAUUUUUGUUUGUUUUAAUUGACCCCUCUGAACCUCAUGAGAGAUGGUACUUGCCUGACAUGGUGGGAGGGGGCACAUGGGAAGUAUUAAACCUCUCUAUCAUUAUAUUGAGGACAUACUGCCCCCCCCCCCUCCCCCCCCCAGUUUUUUAACUAGUUGGCUAGGAAGUCCCACAUGGUUAAGCUUGGAGUAUAGCUUGGAGGAAAGACGAGACAGGGGGGAUAUGAUAGAAACAUUUAAAUACAUAAAGGGAAUCAACACAGUAAAGGAGGAGACUAUAUUUAAAGGAAGAAAAACUACCACAACAAGAGGACAUAGUCUUAAAUUAGAGGGACAAAGGUUUAAAAAUAAUAUCAGGAUGUAUUACUUUACUGAGAGGGUAGUGGAUGCAUGGAAUAGCCUUCCAGCUGAAGUGGUAGAGGUUAACACAGUGAAGGAGUUUAAGCAUGUGUGGGAUAGGCAUAAGGCUAUCCUAACUAUAAGAUAAGGCCAGGGACUAAUGAAAGUAUUUAGAAAAUUGGGCAGACUAGAUGGGCCGAAUGGUUCUUAUCUGCCAUCACAUUCUAUGUUUCUAUGUAAACCUUGCUCUGCCUUGUUUUUAGUAUUUGCUCAUUGGCUGCUAGUGGCUCUUAAAUAAAUGCUUCAAGCUGAAAUUAAGCAAUUGUUUUUAACGUGUAUAAUGUAUGAAUACUAAAAGGGCACAUUUCAUAAAAUUAACUGCAGUUAUUUUAAAAGAGAAAUAUUUCCACUUUUUUUUUUUUCUCUAAUAAGUUGAACGUGUCAGCUUACAGAGAUUUCAGGCUAUGGAACUUGAAUGUGAGCUUUAUUUUGCAUGAAAGUAAGUAUCUCUGACUAUAAAAUAUAAUUUCAUUUUUCUCUCAAAGGAUCAACAUUUUGAAUUAAAAAAACAAAACAAAACAAUAAUAAAUAAAUAUAUAACAAAUAUAUAAUCUUUCCCUCUUUCCCUCUUUCCCUCUUUCCCUCUUUCCCUCUUUACCUCGAAUAUGUGUAAGUACAUGUAUUGGUGCUUGUGUGUGGAUAUAUGUAUUACUUGUAUAUGUGUCUGUGUAUGCUGGAUAUAGGCCUUCAUGCAUAUCCUGUAACUCUUGGAUGGGAAUUCAUGCAUUCUUAAUAUAAGUAAUUAUUUAGUUUUUGCUCUCCCCAUCUAGCACCAUUUUCUGCACUGUUUGCUUGUUUUUUUUCCCCCUCUCUCUCCCCCUCACUCUGUGAUCUUCACACAAAAUAUUUACGACCCUCUGCGAGAAUGGUGUCUAUUUUCUAUCAAACCUGUGUCUUAUCUGCACAUGUCGCUUUAAUCCCUAUAUCACAACACAACUUAGAAUUCUAUGUGUUGUCUUACUCAGAAAUGCUUUAGACUUGAGAAAGGGAGGUUCUCACGAAAGCUUGACAUUACAAAUUCUGUUAGUCCAAUAAAAAGGUAUUACAAGAUUAUAUAUACAUAGUAUAUUACACGCAAAUAAUCUACCAGUGACAUUAUGGACCUGCCCUUGGUAGAGAGUGUCUUAACAUGGUCCUUGCAGUAACUUGCCCCAUGUUUCCCUGGACUUGUCUCAUCCUUUCAUAUCUUUCUUCAGAGAGGCCCUUUGGUCUCAACACAUAGUAAUUGUUGCAUUGGAGAAUGCUUUACAUCCAAGGGAUCAUUAUUCUCCUACAUGAUCAUGGUUCCAUGCUUUGAAUCAUUGAAUGUGUUGAACUUUGACCUUAGUAAUUACUCCAGAAGUACAAUACACAAUGUUCAAUAUGACAAGUUGCUAAAAUAUGUUUGCAUUAUAACCAAUAAACACAAAUGGUUUUUCUUAGUGUAAGAACACAGAACGUGAGAAUUUCCCACAAAGAUCCUGAUAUUGAUUUCGCUAUAUAUCCCGUUGUAGCUCAUGAAGAAAGUAAUCAUUCACACUGCUUACAGUUUGCAAAGAUGCUGGUUAGAAGAUAUUGUUUUCUCCAUCACUGUCCUACAGCUGGGGUCCUUCUUUGGUUCCUACUGUCCGCACAGUUUACAGGUGAGUACCAUUGAUAUUCUGCACACAACUGCUCUUUGACCUCAUCAACAUAAUACUUGGGAUUUGGAGAGAACUUUCAGGCAACUGUAAAUAAUAUCAAAAAUUGUCACGUUUUAACAUUUACUAAUUCCUUCUUAAAUCUCUGCAAUGUUUAGGUAUUCCUGAAUUCCGGUCUAUAAAAAAAAAUAGCUCUUUGUCCUAAGUUUAUAUAAUAAUUAGACAUGGUGAUACCUGGAAAAUUAGCAUUUCCCCUUUUCUCAGCAGUUAAAUCAAGCACUGGGCAGUGGUUGGUAUCCACACUGCCUGGCACACAGUGUGUAGCUUUAGCUACCCUACUCUCUGAUACCUUUUAUUUUAUUACCUCCAGAUAUCUAUAUAGGCAGAAUGUGCUUGGACAGAGAGUGAUAUACUGGCAUGCACUGCCUGUUACUGUACAGGUUGCCUGUGAGUAACAGGAAGGAGUCUAUGUGAGCUAAUGCCCAGCUCUUCAGCUUCCUCACCACAAGAUACCAGGGACUUCAGUAACUGCUCGUCCUCCCCCAAGUGUUUGUAGAAGUAAACUUUGGGAGAGAUACAUCUCACUAAGAGGGGGGAGGAGGCACUGCCAUAACUGGGGCUGAAAUAUUAUUAUAAAAGAAUAGAUCAAUAUGGUCAAAUACCUUUCUGAUAGGUAUUUAUAAGAACCUUGAUGACAUUACUAGCAGUAUAACUUACUGAAAAUGGAAACAGAAUAUGAAGAGAAUGUCUGUGAUUGACCAUAAUGCUGGGAGUUAAAUCAUACAUUUCUAAGAAAACAAUAUAAAAAAAUAUAUGCAAAUAGGGACUGCAUGCAUGGUUUUAGCAUACAGUCCUAUUCACAGCCCAUCUGCAGUCAGGAAAUGGGUGAAAUGUGUUCCUGGCAGAUACAUUUGUUCCUCUAUAAGUUAGUAAACGUUCCUGAAGUAAAAAAAAAAGGAAUGAGAGGCUUUAUGUACAUAAUUACAAUUUGCAAAACAAAUGAAAGUAAUAAUCUGCAUACAUCAUUUUGGCAGUGAAAGUGUUAAAAUAAUUGAACACAUUUUGUUGCAAUGCACGUAAACAGAGCUAUGCACUAAAUAAAUUGUUCUUAGCCUUUUAUUUUUAAUGAAGCAGAGCAUUAAUUCAAAGAUCCAUUUUUAACUGAAACUCUAGCUUGGACAACAACUCUUAAAGGACCACUAGAGUGCCAGGAAAACAUACUUGUUUUCCUGGCACUAUAGUGCCCUGAGGGUGCCCCCACCCUCAGGGUCCCCCUCCCGCCGGGCUCUGGGGGAGAGGAAAGGGGUUAAAACUUACCUUUCUCCAGCGCCCGGCGGGGAGCUCUCCUCCUCCGAUCCGCCUCCUCUCCUCCCUUUCGGCUGAAUGCGCACGCGCGGCAAGAGCUGCGCGCGCAUUUAGCCGGUCUCAUAGGAAAGCAUUUCCAAUGCUUUCCUAUGGACGCUUGCGUGUUCUCACUGUGAUUUUCACAGUGAGAAUCACGCAUGCGCCUCUAGCGGCUGUCAAUGAGACAGCCACUAGAGGAUUUGAGGGCUGGAUUAACCCUAUUAUAAACAUAGCAGUUUUUCUGAAACUGCCAUGUUUAUAAAAAAAUGGGUUAACCCUAGCUGGACCUGGCACCCAGACCACUUCAUUAAGCUGAAGUGGUCUGGGUGCCUAGAGUGGUCCUUUAAUAUGACACUAUACUAAAUUGUGUGUUUCUGCUACAUGAAAAAAUGGUUUGCCCCAUUACCUUGGUCCACGUCGAGAUCCGAGGCUCCCUGGUGGUCUGGUGACAAUCGCCAGCUGACCCCUCUCAGCCAAUGAUUGACAUUCCGUAUAAGGAAAGCUGGCUGCCGACAUCCCACUGACGCUGCUGGAGGUGGAGUUACACCUCUGGCUGCAGACAGUUUAAACUCUGUAUGUUCAAUGUUUCAUUAUGACAUACAGACUCCAGGCACCAUGACCACUUCAUAUCACUGGAGAAUGGAAGGCUGUGCAAGUCACAUGCAGGGAGGUGUGAUUAGGGUUCAUAAACAAAGGGAUUUAACUCCUAAAUGGCAGAGAAUUGAGCAGUGAGGCUGCAGGGGCAUGUUCUAUACACCAAAACUGCUUCAUUGAGCUAAAAAAAAGUUGAGUAACCCUUCUGGAGUAACUUCUUUUAACCAAUUUCCUGAGGCCUGAAAUACAUGCUAUGUCUGUUCCAACCAUUGGCAUAGCAUGGGAACCCAAUUUUGUGUCCUGAUUCAGUAAUUAAGAAUCAGUUGAGAACAGAUUUUUUAUGGCUAAAAUUUUAAAUUGCACUUUGAAUUUACUUUGAAUUUCCAGAAAUCGAUAUAAAUAAGCCUCAUGUUAUUCCUCUUAUGCAUAGCUCUCAUUUUUUGUUGUUGCUUUUUUUGACACAGGGAAUAAGAGUGAGGCCAACUCGAAAUAUAGUAUCUAUGCAACAAAAUCUGUCACGGCCCAGAUUGGGCUCUGUGUGCACAUUACCUGCAGCUUUAUCAUCGAAAGAGAGCUAACUAGAAAUGCCAAAGGAUUCUGGUAUAAAGGAUAUUACCGUUAUGGCUCAUUAGUGGCUUCUAAAACUGGCUCUGUGCAUGACCCAGGACGAAGGUUCUUGCUGACUGGGGAUGUGAGUAAAGGAGACUGCUCAUUCAGCAUCAGUGAUGUAGAGUAUUCUGAUUGGUCAAGCUAUCAAUUCAGAGUAGAAGACGAAGACAUAAAAUUCACUUAUUUUGAUAUCCAGCCUUUAGUAAGAGUGGCAGGUAAGUUUAUCAGGAAUUAUUACAAUUUAAAACACAGUUUAUAUUUACUAUUGUGAGCGAUUAGAUCCAAGAGUUAAUGUGGCAAAUGUAUGGAGAGAAAUACAAACUAAACUCCAGUGGUUAAAUAAGAAUUCUGUGAUGAAAUUAGCAUAUUAUAAUUUUAUUUAAAACUAUUGUUUUUUGUUCUGUGUGCUUCUUUUAAAUUAAUCAUGAAUUCAUUAUGAAUCAUUGUUUAGAAAAGCUGAAUACACACACUGAUCAGCCACAACAUUAUAACCAUCAACCUAAUAUCGUGUAGGUCUACUUUGUGCUGCCAAAAUAGCUCUGAUGCGUUGAGGCAUGGACUCCACAAGCCCUCUGAAUGUUUCCUGUAGUAAUUGGCACCAAGACAUUAGCAGCAGAUCCUUUAAGUCCUGUAAAUUGCAAGGUGUGGUUUUCAUGGAUCGGUUUUGUUGUUCCAACACAUCCCACAGAUGCUCAAUCAGAUUGAAAUCAAGGGAAUUUGGAGGCCAAUGCAACACCUUGAACUCAUUGUCAUGCUCCUCAAACUAUUCUUGAACAUUUUUUUUUUUUGCAGUAUGGUAGGGUGCAGGGCCGGACUGGGAAAAAAAUUAGGCCCGGGCAUUUUUCAAUUAGAGCGGCCCCCCAAAAAGGGGGCGGGGCCGGAGAGGGUGUGUUUGUCAUCACUAAUGACAAGUACACCCCCUCUGAAAGUGAGCAUGUUGGUUCAAUGCGCAGAGCCCCGCUGAAGAGCUCUAGCAUUAGAAAAAGGCCCUGUAUUUGUUCUGCGCAGCGCAAACAAAUGUAAUAACAUGCUUGCGCUGUGUUGGCUUUUAAAUUGUCUCUGGUGUCUCCACAAGUGGGAUACCAGAGGACAAAAGGGUCAGGAAAGUGUAUGGUGCAUGUGUUUGGCGCAUGCUUGUGGGAUUGCCUGUGUGUAGAGUGUGGUGUGGUAUUGUGUAAAUAGGUCAAUUUUGUGGUGUAAUAUGUGUGGCUAGGGGCUGUAGAGAGUGCGUGUAUAGGGGCAUAGUGUUAUAGGGGAUGUAGCGAGUGUGUGCAUACGGGCAGUAGUGUGUGUGUAUAGGUGACGUAGUGUGUGUCACUUAUACACACACACUACUGUGUGUCACUUAUACACACACACUACUGUGUGUAGAGAGGGUGUGUUUAGAGAAUGUUGUAUGUGUUUGCAGUGUGUGUGUAAGAGAUCUAGUGUGUAAAGGACCCAGAGUGUGUAUAGAAGAUUGUGUGUGUGUGUGUAUAGAGGAUUAAUAGUGCAUAUAAGGUAAGGGAUCUAGCGUGUAUCUGGAGCGUAAUGUGUGUAGUGGUGCAGUGUGAGGGGUGCUGUAGUGUGUGUGUGUGUGUGUGUGUGUGUGUAUAAUAUAUUUGGACGUAUUGUAUGUGUAAGGUGCGCAGUGUGUUUGUGUAAGAGGAGUGCUGUGUGUGAGGGUGUUUUUAUCUGCCGUCACAUUCUGGGUUUCUAAUUUUGUCUGUUAACUCACUGAAGGUUAUUUUAUAUAAUAUAUAUGUGCUGUAUGUGUGUGGGAGUGAGGGUGCUGUCUGUCUGAGGGUGUUGUGUGCGUCUGUGGGGUGCUGUGUGUGUGUAUCUGGGGUGCUGUGUGUGUGUGUCUGGGGGUGCUGUGUGUGUGUGUCUGGGUGCUGUGUGUGUGUGUGUCUGGGGGUGCUGUGUGUGUGUGUGUGUCUGGGGUUGCUGUGUGUGUGUGUCUGGGUGUGUGUGUGUCUGGGGGUGCUGUGUGUGUCUGGGCGCUGUGUGUGUGUGUGUGUCUGGGUGCUGUGUGUGUGUGUGUCUGGGGUGCGCUGUGUGUGUCUGGGGUGAGAGCGGGGUGGGGGGGUGUCUGGGGGUGUGCUGUGUGUGGGGUGUGCUGUGUGUGGGGUGUGUGUGUGUGUGUGUCUGGGGGUGCUGUGUGUGUGUGUGUGUCUGGGGGUGCUGUGUGUGUGUGUGUGUGUCUGGGUGCUGUGUGUGUGUCUGGGGGGUGCACUGUGUGUGUCUGGGGUGAGCUGUGCGUGUGGGGGUGUGUGUGUGUGUGUCUGGGGGUGCUGUGUGUGUGUGUCUGGGUGCUGUGUGUGUGUUCGCGCUGUGUGUGUGUGUCUGGGGGUGCGCUGUGUGUGUUCAAGUGUGGGGGGUGUGUCUGGGGGGUGUGUGUGUGUGUGUGUGUCUGGGGGCUGUGUGUGGGGCUGUGUGUGUCUGGGGGGGCUGUUAGGGUAAUUAUUUUAAAUAUAUAUUUAUUUUAUUAAUAAUUAUAAUAAUUAUUAAUAAUAAUAAAAAAAAAAGUUAUUCCCCCCCCCCUUCUUACCUUUAGCCUGGGAGGGGGGGGAGCCGUGUUGCCAUGAGGGGGUUGGGGCGCAUGCUGUCAUGCUUCCCUGGUGGUCCAGUGUUGAGAGUGAACUCCAGCCUGCAGGCUAGAGUUCACUCUCGCGAGAUCUGAGCGUUGCCGUGGUAACCGCGGCAACGCUCAGAAUCCCGCGAGAGGACCCGGCGGAGCUGCUGGUUAGAGCUCUGCCGGGUCCUCUCUCCUGCCUCCCUCCUUCCCCAGCCUGCGGCCGCCUGUAACAGUGCCUGUGGGCCGGUGAGGGAGAUCUGUGAUCUCCCCACCGGCCCAUGGAGGCACACAGCAGGCUCGGAUAGCGCUGGCCCUGCAGGGGCUGGCAGGGGAGAUCCUGUGAUCUCCCCUACUGGCCUCAGCCCCACGGCCAUCGCGGCCCACCGGGCAUUUGCCCGGUAUGCCCGAUGGCCAGUCCGGGCCUGGUAGGGUGCAAUAUCUUGCUGACAGAGUUCAACUCCAUCAGGGAACACCAUUGUCAUUGCCAAACUAUGUGGUCUGCAACAAUCUCUAGAUAGUUGGAAUAUAUCAAAGUUACAUCCAUAUGAUUGCAAACGUUUCUCAGUAGAACAUUACCCAGAGCAUAACACUGCCUCUGCCAGCCUGCCUUCUUCUCAUAGUGCAUCCUGCAGCCAUCUCCUCACCAGGUAAACAAUGCACAUGCACCCAGCCGUCCGCCUGAUCUAAAAGAGAACAUGAUUUAUCAGACCAGGCAACCUUCUUCUUGUCACGGAUGAUGGCACAGAAACCGGGACCCCUGUGUGCCUGAUGAUGAUCGGAGUCAACCUCGUGGAAAUUAAACAAUCAGGGCCUGGUGCAGGGUAACCACAUGUCCCCUAGUGCUGAGAACUAGGGUUUGUUCGGCCACAUACCAGGGCCCUGAUGUAGCUUCUAUGAAACCCAGGAACUAGGAGAAAAUAUGCAGACCUCCCAGGAUCUGGAUAGGGAAGCUCUGCAGCAGGUAUGUAUGCAGUACUAGAAACAAGGCAAGACUAGAACAGGCACCAAACAAGAUAAGACAAAACAUAGUAGAACCCAGAAAUGGAGCAGGACAGAAAUCAGAACCCAGAACAUGUACACAAUACAAAAAGGGAAACAGUAACAGAACAUGGGCAGGGUAGGACAAGACUGUACAUGGACUGGGAAUACAAAAUAAAACAAGACAAGAUAUGCAAGGCAAAGCAAGAGGAGACAAAACUAAGUACUAUAUAUGUAACCCAUUGGAGAUUUAGACAUACAUAAAUGGCCAAGAUGUAUGCAGCCCACCACUGCGCCAAAGUACUCCAAUUAACGGUGGGUCCUAGACUGCCUAGAUAUGCAUGACUAAAUAAACCAUAAUAAAACACACACAUCACUUACCUGCAAGAAAGGGGCAGAGGACUUGGAGCAACUGCCUGCAGGAACUAGCUGAAAGAAAAGGAUUAAUGGGAAAGGAACGGGUGUGGCAAAAAAAAAAAUUAAAAGGAAUCCAAGAGACAGGGAAUUCCAGGAAUGGAAUAAACCCAGAAAACCCAGCAUAACGAAAACCAGACAUGGAAUAGAGAACCAGAAAAAACAAGAAAAACUAAACAAGAAUUUUAAAAAGUGUACUGGAUACCAGAAGCCAUAACCAGAAAUGAUACGCAGCAGGAACAGGACGUGACACUUCUAUUGCUCCAUGGUCCAGUUCUGACUCUUAUGAUCCCACUGAAGGGGCUUUCAGUGUUGGAGAUGGGUUAAUAUGGCCACCCAGAGAAGCAGCACUGCACAGCUCCAAACGCAGCAAACUGUGAUGCACAGUGUAUUUUGACAUGUGCCCAUGACCGUCACACUGGGUGACCGGUGGGUUGUCCUUUCUUGCACCACUGUUGGUAGGUACUAACUACUGUAUGCCGAGAAUACACCACACAAGACUUGCUAGUUUGGAGUUGGUUUAACCAUCAAUAUUUGGCUCUUGUUAAGGUCAAGUAGAUCUUUUCGCUAACCCAUUGUGCCUGCUUCAAACACAUGAAAUUCAUGAACUGACUGUAUACUUGCUGUCUAAUAUACUCAACCUCUUGAUAGGUACCAUUGUAACAAUUCAUUUAAUGUUCUUAAUUUCACUUGUCAGUGGUUUAUAGUUUUGGCUGAUCAGUGUGUGUGUGUGUGUGUGUGUGUAUAUACACACACACACACAUAAAGGCAUGCUGUAGUUUCACAGUGUAGAGUCAUUUGUUAAACUGUUUUAGAAAGGUUUGAUAAUUUAUCUGGGUUCCACUGGGCUCUGUAGAGAUAAAUGGCUAUAAUAGGCCACACUCAUUGACUGAGAGCAUCACAGAGCACUCUCAAUCAAUAAGCAUGGUACUGUAUCUAAAACAGUUUGAUAAAUUAAAACUGUGAUGACUCAUGGGAACUCCUAGUGCAAUAAUCCCUAGAGAGGUUUAGCUUUUAAUACUAUCUCUCAAAAUGUAAAACCUGUCUCUGCGUCCUCUAGAGUAGUGUUUUCCAAACCAGUCCUCAAGGUACGCAUACUAGUCAAGGAUUUAGGGAUUAUCGAGUUGUGUUUAAGGUCUCUAUAGAAGGAAAUAAAAAAACAAACAAAUCAUUGGUGACAGCUGGGGGAUAUAACAAGCCUGACAGAGGUACCCCUGCCUUUUGGUCAAGAUGUCAAGCUUUGUCUCAGUAUAUCUUUUUUACAGCAAAGUUAAUCUUUAUGAAAUACUCAUUUUUUGAUAUAGGGGUGACAGAGACACUUUAAUAAUAUUAUAUCAUGAUAUCACGAUGAUAUGAUAUAAUAAUAAUAUUAUAUCAUGAUAAUAGCAAUAUGAUAGAAAAUGUUAUUUGCAGUACACGUUACUAGUGAUAGGACAUUAAACGCCAGGGUCAAGGUUGGAAACUUGUGGCUGCCAUUGUUUAUAACAGUUUAUGGCAGAUAUUCGGCCACAAUGUUGCAAAGGAGCCCAUCAUAUGUUAAAAAAAGACUAACAACUGCAUCUAUAAUAUCUAACAAGUGUUUGAUAUACUGGACAGUAAGUCUGUAGCAAGGCAGUAUGGUUUUAGAAUCGUUUCAGCUUGUGACAAGCUCUAACAUAGAAGGACACAGUCUGUGCUAGCCAAAUUGUAAAAAAAAAAAUUGUUAAUUGCAAAAACAAAUCAAUUAGAAUGGCGCAAGUAAUUAUAAAAAUAAGUGUUACCACUAUAAGCAAACCAUAAACAACAAUAUAUAUGCAGCAACCUACAAGGAACUCUGAUAUAGUAAAUACUCGAAGUAGUAAAAAAACCAAAAAUGUAGCUGCGCGAACAAUUAUUUUCAAAAAGUGCCAGUGCAGGAAAAGUGACAUAGUAAAUGGAUCUCCCAGAGGUAUACACGUUAAAAAUCUAUUCGUGAGGAAAAAAGUAUUAUAAAAACCACACUGUGAAAGCACACAAUAUCUUAUGUGGCCUCAUCUCACACUCAAACUAAGUGAAGCUCUGCAUUUAACAUCCUGCAGAAAAUCCUACCACUCUCAGGACUCAUCUCACACUCAAACUCAGCGAAGCUCUGCAUUUUACAUCCUGCAGAAAAUCCCACCACUCCCAGGUACUGACUGAAUCUUGGAAGAUACGCCACCUCAUUUAUUCUUACAUUGCUACUAUAUUAUCAUGUGUUACUAUAGAUUUGUUACCAUUUAUACCUGUAGUUUGCCACUGUAAUUUUCUGUGCAUGCAGUUUGUACUAUUGUCAUUUAAUGUUUCUGAUCAAUAUUUCAUAUACAUAGUUAUUAAUAUUUUGAGUGAUAGAAUUUGGUUGCUAAACUUUUCAAUAGUAUAUAACACAUGGUUACCCUACCCUCCUCCCCCCUCCUCCUCUUUCCUAUUCUCCUACCAGCUGUAAAUACGUUCAAAUAACUGUUCAAUCUCCAUCUCUGUUCUUCAGGGCUCAUCUCACACUGAAACUCAGUGAAGCUCUGCAUUUUUUCUCACCACAUCCCACCCACCGGGGUUUCCCCUAAAUAUAUAGCAUGUUCCAUUGUACGUUCUCCACUAAUUGUAGAGCCCCGCGGAAUCUGUUAGCGCUUUAUAAACACCAGUAAUAAACAAACAAUAUAGCCCAAAAAAUAUAUAAAAUGUGGUGCUCUGUAGGAAAUACACUCACAGUUGUGAAGUGGUUAUAGUACCCCACCAGACUAUCAGGCACAGGGAGCAUCAGACCCUCGGGAUAGUUGGAACCUGACGUGGUUUUGCAAGCACACUCACCACCAGCCAAAAGCAUAAAGUAAAAUACUUUAUUAUUCACACAAUCCGUAAUUGAAGAAUAAAAAAAAGAUAAAAUCUCCCUGCACUUGGAGCAGACCAAAGUCUUGGGUGCUGGAAAACAUACAGUCCGAGUGUCCCCUCUGUAACUCCCAGCUGGUCACCGUCUCUCUGCAUGUGCAGUAACUUCUGGGCUUUUGCAAGCAUACAUGGGUUCUCCCGCGGCAUUCUUUUAUAUGCUGCGAGGGUGACAGGACGUCACACCUCUCAAAAUGCCCAAGUCCAUAUUUUGAAUUUCAACAUUAUGUUGCACCAAUCAUUUAAAGUAGUCCUCAAAAAACAUUUAUAUUCAUAUGUACAGUCCUCAUGAAAAUACAGUGUAAGGAGGGCCAAAAAAAAAGGAGCAUUAUAAAACAACUAUUACGGACAAAAUAUCUGUUAUACAAAAUACACAAUCGAUAAAAUCUACCUAAAACAUGGUAAAAAUGAAGAGUUUGUAAAUAUGAAUAAAUAAUACAAAGUUUAUUUAAAAAAAGGGCAUAUCUUUAUAUAAAAGGCUAAAAAAUAUACAUUAACACUGUUAAUUGACAAACACAGAACAUCUGGGCAUUAUGUAAUUAUGGAUAUGUAGUUGAGAUGGGGUGUUGGGUAGCAGUAUCAAUCAUCAUAUAUAAUGAGUGUGAUUGACAAACUGGACAGUAGGUGGAGCUAGUGUGGUAAGUGUAAGCAUAAAUACGUAUAAGCAGCUUUAUAAUUUUCGAAUGGCUGUCUGGUGCUAACUCUGACUGCUUGUUCUAGGGAUUUUAAUAAUAAGCAUGUUCUUAGUUGUGAAGUUUAAUGUUCAGACAUAAUCGGAAUAAUUUCAACAGGCAUAAUUAAAGAAUAUGAACUAAUUUAAAAUGAUUUUGUUCCCUUUAGAAAGAACAGAUAAAACUGCAAUCACACACUCAGAGAAUCUAUUGGUGGAUAAAGAGGUGACACUCACCUGCACUGGUCUUGGCAGAUGUUCUGAGACCAAUUACAGCAUGAAGUGGGAUGGAAUAAAGAACCUACAAUCUGUGUCAUUCAAUGAGAAACAAGUAAUAAAUGAAAAUGGCAGCACGACAUACUACUCAAAUAUCACAUUCAUUCCAACCAAGGAAAAUGACAAGUCUAUUCUAAGUUGUUCGCUGAUAUACGAAACUAAGAUGGUCUCAAUUACAGGAGUUAUCAGCCUUGAUGUUCAGUGUAAGUCUUAAACUCUGUAUUUUAUUCUAUAUUAUAAAUAAUAUCCUAUAUUGAAAAAUAAGUAAACAAUAUGAGGUAAUUUAAAGGGACACUGUAGUCACUAUAAGCAUUUCAUCUCUUUGAAUUGGUUAUAGUGCCUGGAGUACCCUGGCACUGUCCCUCCAUUCAGUGUUGCACCAUGUUCGUGCAGUAUGCCACAAAAUACGUGUCCCUGGCCACCCACAGUCCGGCCCCUUCAGUAUGUGUAGCUAAGGCAGAGAUUACACACUUCCUUGUUGUCAUACCCACUCAUACCGUCAGUUGGAACUCUGACAGGCUAAAAGCAGUCAGCUGACACUCUCAGCCAAUCACAGCUGCCUAUUGCUGCUCAGGCUAAUACUUCCUCAUGAGCCAAAGCGGCACAGAGGGGAUGGAUUGCUGGGGACUCUUGUUUAGCAUUAAAACUUUAAAAACUGUUUAAUGCUGAUAGAAAAGAUGGGACCAGAAGACUCCAGACACUAUAACCAGUUUACUGAGAUGAUGCAGAUACAGUGCCUACGGUGUCCCUUUAACAAAGUUUGUUAAUUACGGAUUUCACAGUCUAGCUACAUGGUUUAUUUAGUCUUCCUCAAUACAAAAAGAAAGCGGCCCGAUCCUCCUUCUCCUACAGAGCACCGCAAUUGUGGAACGGCCUCCCGCACACUUUCAAACCUUCCCCAAGCCUAAAGUCCUUUUAGAGAUCCCUCUCUACAUACCUCAAAACAGAAUGCACCUGCCCUGGUUGAUUAUAUAUUUCCUACCUGUUCUAUGUUAAAUUUUGUAUUUAUUGUGUAUUAAUAUUGUUUUUGUAUUUUAUUAUACCCUAAUGUAUCAAUGUAAUGUUUUGUGGACCCAGGACAUACUUGAAAACGAGAGAAAUCUCAAUGUAUCUUUCCUGGUAAAAUAUUUUAUAAAUAAAUAAAUGAUUAGAGUGGUUUUCACUCAAGAUUUAUUUGUGUUGAUUUGAUAACAGAAUUGUCAUAUUUUCCUACGCAAAUUAAUUUGGUUUCAAUUUUUUAUUUUUUAUUUUUGCUAUGCUUUUCCUAAUUCACCUCAAAUUAAGGUUUGGUGAAUAAAUUUUUGCAGUGCCAAGCAAUGCCUUGCAGCAGCCAUCAUCCCUGGGCGCACAUACACUGUCGGGCAUAACAAAGGACCAAUUUUAGGACUCCAAUUAAUAUACCCAAUGGGUUCCCACCUAGGUUUAGGCAUGCUCAUGGUGGCCUUCCUACAUUGGCAGGGUCCUUAUACACAUGUAGAACAUUCAACUAAUUUCCAUAGUGUUGAGCCUUUUAGGUUGUUGCUUCUGGACACAUGGACACACGUUGCCACUGGUAUCUCCAGAGACUAUAUAUACAGUAUAUCACAAAGGUGAGUAAACCCCUCACAUUUUUGUAAAUAUUUUAUUAUAUAUUUUCUUGUGACAACACUGAAGAAAUGACACUCUGCCACAAUGUAAAGUAGUAAGUGUACAGCCUGUAUAACAGUGUACAUUUACUGUCCCCUCAAUAUAACUCAACACACAGUCUUAAUGUCUACACCGUUGGCAACAAAAGUGUUUUGUCAUUUCUUCAGUGUUAUCACAUGAAAAGAUAUAAUAAAAUAUUUACAAAAAUGUGAGGGAUGUACUCACUUUUGUGAGAAACUGUAUGUAUGUAUGUAUGUGUGUGUGUGCAUAUAUAUAUAUGGGACACACGGUGUUCCAGCGCAGAAGUAGGUGGCCAAUAACACUUGACAAUGCAAAAUAUUUACUGUGUAUAUAUCUUCCAGGGUAGAGAAGCAUUAACUGGCCAGUCCUGAUUCAUAGAUUUUUAUUAUUUUUAUAUACCCAUCUACCUACGAUAUAUAUAUGCUAGAUAGGCAGACUGAGUCCGUCCGUCUGUCUAUCUAUAAGCACAUUUGUGUAGUGUUUGCAAAUGUAGUGGUGUAUUUCUGUGGAGAAUGCAGGGGUAUAUUUGUAUGGAGUGCUAGUGCACUUCGUAGGUGAGCCUACACUAACAGUUUACCUUCCUGCUUUUUACUAAAUGGCAAAAUCUUUGAGACACAAAGGAGUAUUUUAUGAACCUCUACAUACUAAAUAAAAAGAAUUUGGCGCACAUCGGUUGGGACUAUGACAUGGCUGUAUAAUGCAAAAGCAAAUACAAACACACACAAAGUGUGUGUUUUUAUUUGAAACAGUACAAAUACGCCAGCAAUAGUUAUGUGCAUGUUUUAUUAUAUUUAUAUGUACCUGUUCCUGCAUAAGUGACUAAUGCAUCAAACACGAGAUUCUUACCUAUAUAACUUUACCUUUUAGAUGCUGUCCUAAAGGGCCACUAAUAUGGAUACUUAUAAGUUUAAUUUAUAAUUAAUUAAUAAAUACAUUUUCCACUAUAUAUAUAUAUAUAUAUAUAUAUAUAUAUAUAUAUAUAUAUGUAUCACUUUUCUCAUCCAAAUGUGAUGCACAGGUGAGGUAUUUGCCUCCUUGCCUCUGGUUCCUGAUGUUAUUGCAAGUUGCACAUCUAAUCCCUUGCUUUCUCCUACCAUGAAAAGUAUUCUGCAUUCUUACCUGCCUUAAAGUGUGUCUUGGCUGCUCCCACCUUGUUGUUAUGUAACAUAAUGCUCAUGUACAGGUAUCUGCCUCGUUUUUCCUUUUUUGGGGAUAACACACACAUACCUUGUUUCCAUGUGUGCAUUGUGAUGUUUUUCGAUGGUGAUAUAUCCCUUCAAAGGGCAUUAGGCCAUUGACUUGGUUCCAGGUCAUUGUCACUGUGUUAACAUUGUGCUAUGCAUAAUCCUAAUAUGUACUGUCACGUGUAUGAGGUACAAUAGUGACACCAAGAGGCUUCUACUGGAACAGUAUAGCAUGUUAAAAACAAGAACUGUGAAAGUCUUGAAAAGGGACAUGUCUUCUUCAAAAGACAAUUAUAUGUUGUAAGAGUAGAGUAUUUAAAAAAAAAAUUCUAAUAUUUAUUCAUAAUUUCAAAUUACUUCAAAACAUGUACAGCUAAGUCAUGCCACUUUGAGCUAUCUUUGUUUGCAAUACAUCAGGGACAAAUUUUUGCAUAUACAGUUUUUAAAUGUUAGAAAUCCUGUGUCCUGAAAGUAUAUAUAUAUAUACUGACAAUUAGCAAAAUGAGCAGACAGCAGCAAUAACUCAACCAGGUCAUGGGAUCAGCUGCUACAACUUGAAUGGUGCAUCCAUUGAUAUGAAAUAAUCAAAUUGUAUUGCUAAAAAGUUUACUUCACCUACUGAAAAAACCCUAAAGCUAACCCACAUACAUUAAACCCUUUUUCUGCCCAACCUGAAUAUUUCAGGGGAAUUUUAGACACUCUGUUAUUGAAGCUGCCCACCAUGUUUGCAUGUCAUUAGUAUAUUUUGGGUUUAUAUCCAAACCCAUAACAGGUGAGUUGUGAUGUUUCUGUUUGUCUGGUGUGAUUGCACUAUGAGAGUUGUUAAUGAUGAGAGCGAUAUUUAGUGCAUGCAACAAACAAUACCACUCUGAUUAAAGGUCUCUACUCUAUCUAGCUCAGUAAUAAAAGAAUACGCACAUACUGGGACUUAUUUAAAUGCAGGUCCAGCUGUGAUUAUUGUUUAUGUUUACAAACCUGUGCUUAUAUUUCAGAUCCACCCUACAUGAAUAUCUCCAUUACAGGUAAGGCAAGCUAUAUCUAUUUAUUACAUAUACUACAUGUUAAUAAUUUAAAUGUUUACUAGGCUCCUAAUCAAUAAAGAUUGACUGUCGAGCAGUAAACCAAGACUAUUGUUUGAUUUAAACAGGGAUUCAAACAUCUCUCUCUAAAAUUCUAGAUGCUCUUAAUUUUUCUUCACAGAACUCCACAGCAGUAGAACUCAGUGUUUGCUGUGUGUAUUAGUGAAUCACAGAGUUGUGCACAAAAAUAAACUCACAGUAAAGUCUCCACAUCUAGGUGGUCACUUUCCCCACACCGUUACAUCCCCACCAACACAAUGAAACAUGGCAAAAUGACGGCUGUACCCACGGAUUUAUGUUUGUGACAAUUCUGACUCUACUAUCUGCAUGUUGCUAUAGAAAUAGAUUUGUAUGCCCAAGGUUCAAUGUGCUGUUUGUGCAUAGCAUUUUUAUAAUGUUUUCACACCCUGUCACCGUAACCAUCCUGGCCACUUUCAUUUGAACUGUUUCAUUAACAAGAUUUUUAAACCCAUUGAAGAGCAGCUGACUGGAUAUUAUUUUGUAGUUCACACCAAUCUCUGUAUUCUGUAGAAAUUGUUUUGUAUAACAAUUCCAGGAAAUUUUCUGAGAUACCACAAAUCACCACAUCUUGCACCAGCAUUUACUAUAUGGUCACACAUUUUCCCCAUCCUGUUAUGUAUUUUUAUUGUAUAUAGAGUAGGGAUUGUAGCCGUAUUAGUCCAGCAAUGCAGAUGCAAAAAAACCCGAUCAAAUUCGUAUUUUUUUUUUAUCACUAUAACCCCUGUAUUACAACUCAACUUUGAAUUAUAUGUGUUGUUUUUGCUCAGAAAUUCUCUAGACUUGAGGUAUUAAAAGAUACAUAUUUGAUUAGUUAUUUUACAUAUUGUAUAUAGACAUACACUUAGCCAGAGCUAUAUAUAUGUUCUCGUAUUGUUUAUUUACAUAUAUGACGUAAGUCUAUUUCUCUGCUAGGUAGAUUUAAGCCUGAUGCAAAGGAAAACACAUCUAUUGUGCUCCGAGAAGGCGAAUCUGUUGUUCUGGAAUGCAAGGUAGCCAGUAAUCCUACCUCUAGCAUUAACUGGUGGAUUGGAAGCAAUAAACACGAGAGUUCAGUUGGUGCUCAGACACAGUCUUACCGUCUACAGAAUAUCUCACCUAAGGAUGCGGCCAUUUAUCUCUGCUUGGCCCAGAAUAAUCAUGGCAGCACCAGCAAAUUUUUUAAUGUUAUCGUCCAGUGUAAGUAAUGUCUUGUUUCUUGUAGUGGACCAGGUGCAGAUGAUGUGAGACCUCAGGCCACAAUUCCUAUAAUUUUCUAACCAGUCAAUUUCAUGUCAGGGCGAUGGAACUUGCGAGCAAGUUAUCUAACCUAGAAUAGGCUGCAAGAAGCUAUCGCUUUCAAAAAGUUAAUGUUAAUGGCACUGUGGUUGGAGAAUAGGCAGCAGUGGGGUAGUAUUGAUGGCAUUGUAAGUGGGAAUGAGGCAGGCACAGACUUGUAUUAAUGGCACUAUGGUUGGGGAAAGGGUCAGAGUGGGGUGCUAUUAAUAGCAUUGUGGGUGGGAAAUAGGCAUAGGUGGUGUUAAUGGCAUUGUGGUUGGAGAAUAGGCAGUAGUGUUGAUGACAUUGUAAGUAAAGAAAGAGGCAGGCAUAAACUGGUAUUAAUGGCACUGUGGUUGGGGUAGAGGUUGGAGUGGGGUGGUAUUAAUUGCAUUGAGGGUGGGGAAUAGGCGGGGGUGGGGUGGUAUUGAUGGAAUUGUGGGUUGGGAAGAGGUAGGAGUAGGCUGCUGUUAAUUGAUUAAUGGAUGGGGGUAUGAAGAGAUAGCGGUAUUAAUGGAGAAUUAGCUGAUAUUAAUGACAUCGUGGGCUGGCUGGUAUUGAUGGCAUUGUGGAUGGGCUGAUAUUGAUGGCAUUGUGGGUGGGAUCGUAUUGAUGACAUUGUGGGUGGGAUGACAUUGUGAGUGGACUGGAAGUGAUGGUAUUGCUGUUGGGCUGGUGUUGAUGGCAUUGUGGAUGGGCUGGUAUUGAAGGCAUCGUAUUGAUGGCAUUGUGGGUGGGAUGGCAUUGUGAGAGGGCUGGUGUUGAUGGCAUUGUGGGUAGGCGAGUAUUGAUGGCAUUUUGAGUGUGAUCAUAUCCAUGGCAUUGUGGGUGGGAUCGUGUUGAUGGCAUUGUGGGUGGGACGAAAAUUGUGAUUGGACUGGAAGUGAUGGUAUUGCUGGUGGGCUGAUGUUGAUGGCAUUGUGGAUGGGCUGAUGUUGAUGGCAUUGGGGGUGGGCUGGUAUUGAUAGCAUUAUUGGUACGAUCAUAUUGAUGGCAUUGUGGAUGGUUGAUAUUGAUGGCACUGUGGGUGCGAUCGUAUUGAUGGCAUUGUGGGUGCGGUCAUAUUGAUGGCAUUGUGGGUGGGAUGGCAUUGUGAGUGGACUGGACGUGAUGGCAUUGUGAGUGGGCUGGUGUUGAUGGCAUUGUAAAUGGAGAAUAGGCAGAGGUGGGGUACGGAAGACGUAAUAAUUUUGCCAAUAAUGUUGCAAAUUGUUAGUGUUCAAUGUCUAACCCUGCAGUAGAGUUACAGCUUGCUAACAGGAAGCUGUCUUGUAGAACGAGCAGCUGGCGAGGUCAUGGAGCUCAAUUGAAAGUGAGCAACAUUGAUCAGAGCAUUACUUGCAUCUAAUGUGGGUCUGACCACAGUAUACUCUCUACCCUGCAAGAGUGAAAACAGCUGGUAAUGAGAUAUAAGAUCCAGAGCAUCAUGUGUGGAUCCAAACGGUCCCCUGGGAUUUAAGUUUCGAGAUUAAAUAUUAUUCUUAUUUUAUUAUAAUAUUAUUAUUGCCAUUAAUAUUCUUUACUAAACAAUGAUAGCAACUCAGAAUUGGAGUUAUUUUCAAUGUUGUUAUUGAAUUAUUAUGCCAUUAUUUUUAUUUAAUUUUUAUAAUUUCAGAUCCUCCACGAACACCAAAUAUUUCUUGUUCAAGUGGUAAUUAUAAUUGCUUUUCUUGUUUAAUGUUCUUAUUACUUAGAUUAGAAUUAUAUGUUAAAUGCAUAACUAAAGGCAGUUCCUAUAACUUGGAUUGAGAAUGUGUCUAGCUGUGUCUAUUAUAGAUAGAAGGAACAUAGCUAUAAUGUUAUGCUGUAUAUUGAGAGACAUUUUAAUACAAAUUAAGCAAAUAAAAAAAAAUACAAAAGGUGUAGUAAUUCAUAUGGCCAGAUGAUGGGUCUUGUCUAUUAAACUCUAUCCAAUCAUUUGUUUUUCUAUAAGUAUCCACUAUGAACAGAUAUCCAAAAGACAUUUGUUUACAAAUAUGAUUUCAAUGAGGCUUCAGCUUUUCCAGUCUUUAGAACAGGGGUGCCCAAAAGGUAGCUCGCCAGAUGUUUUAAAACUACAACUUCCAUGAUGCUUUGUCAUUCGAACGAAUUCUAAAGGCAUGCAAAGUAUCAUGGGAGUUGUAGUUCUACAAAACCUGGGGAUCUACCUGUUGGGCACCCCUGCUUUAGAAUGACAGAGCAUUAUGGACAUUUUAUUUUAAAAACACCUGGGAGCCUAAGUUUUUAAAAAAUCUGGGGUUCUGCCAUUGGGUACAACUGCUCUGUGAAAUACUUUCAUUAUAUGCCUUUCAUAGAGUACCUGUGAUCUAUAAUCAAGCUAAUCCUGUAUAUUUUUAAUCAUGCUAGCCAUUUAAAAAAACAGACUGUGAAGUCCAACACUAGGGAAAUAUAUUACUCAGUAGGACUGCUACAUUUAUAUCAACACUUUAGGACAUUAAUUAACAACCCUAGACUUUAAGAAUAAGAUUAUUUAUUAUGUGAUUGUAAAAAACCUGCAUUUUUCAUAGUUAUAAAUACUCUUUAACCUGCCCAUUAAAGCUCUAUUUUACACUCAGUCUCACCGGCAUGGACACAUCUACAAUAGUAAACAGGACUAACAGUGAGCAGUUUGUAGACAGGAAGCAUUUAUGUGUACAAGACAAACUAACACGUAAAAUGUUAUGAAACCAUUGAAGGUGGAAGUGUAGCAUUGCAAGAUGUUGGUAUAGCUAUAAAUUGCUUCUUCUUUCUUUUUUCCCCGUCUCUUUUAUGGUUUAAAUUUAAUGAAACCAAUGUCUUUUUCUAGGUUGCUCAGUGAAUGCAAAAUCCAUUGUCUAUGCUGAGGAGGGGUCAUCAUUUAAAUUAUUCUGUUCAGCUGAGAGUUUACCAGCAGCCAACCUGUUCUGGAUUAAGGAUCGUCAAAACACUAUGCAGACAUCGUCAAAUGGACCACUGACUGUGAACAAAGUAUCAUUCAGAGAUGAGGGGACAUACACCUGCACAGCAAACAACUCAUGGGGCAAUUCUUCGAGUAAUAUAACAGUCAUGAUGACAUGUAAGUAGUAAUUGCUACAGUAGCAUAAAAUGUAGAAACAUAGAAACAUAGAAUGUGACGGCAGAUAAGAACCAUUUGGCCCAUCUAUUCUGCCCAAUUUUCUAAAUACUUUCAUUAGUCCCUGGCCUUUUCUUAUAGUUAGUAUAGCCUUAUGCCUAUCCCACGCAUGCUUAAACUCCUUUACUGUGUUAACCUCUACCACAUCAGCUGGAAGGCUAUUCCAUGCAUCCACUACCCUCUCAGUAAAGUAAUACUUCCUGAUAUUAUUUUUAAACCUUUGUCCCUCUAAUUUAAGACUAUGUCCUCUUGUUGUGGUAGUUUUGUAUUAUAUUUUAUUAUAUUAUUUUGUAAAGCAUAUUCGUAGACAUCUAGUUUGAGUGCAUCUCUUCCACGAAGCAGCCAUCUUGAAGUCCUCUUUGGUCUUAAGCACAGCUUAUACAAUUUAAAAAAGUGUGCAGGUUAUAAGAGCUAGUGUGAAUUCGUGAAUGCUGACAUCAUGCACACUUGAAAUUCAUCUUCAGAAGGCACUCUGAGACAGUUACAGAACAAAUUGUACAUACUCUUAGACGAUAAGCUAUGUUUCUGACGAAAGAAGACUAAAGUUGGCUGCCCCACUAGAGCAAGACAGGAGAUUAAUUUAAAUGUAUUGAUUACAAAUAGUAUACAAGAAGACUAUAUUACAUGCAGUCUUAUAUUUUAAUAUUAAUACAAAAUAUCAAUUCUUCCCUUUAAUUUAAACCUACUCGGAAGAGAAAAGAAACACAAAAAAGUACUUGUUAUUAGUGAUGUGCCGAACGGUUCGCGAACGGUUCGCCACGAACGGUUGCCGCGGACUCAUCAUUGAGUAAACUUUGACCCUGUACCUCACAGUCAGCAGACACAUUCCAGCCAAUCAGCAGCAGACCCUCCCUCCCAGACCCUCCCACCUCCUGGACAGUUCACUAAGAAUGCAGCUUCACAAUGAAUGUAAAAUGGAUGCUGUCCAGGAGGUAAGAGGGUCUGGGAGGGAGUGUCUGCUGCUGAUUGUCUGGAAUGUGUCUGCUGACUGUGAGGUACAGGGUCAAAGUUUACUCAAUGAUGAGUCCGCGGCAAACCGUUCGUGGUGAACCAUUCGCGAACCGUUCGGUGAACCGUUCGGGACAUCACUACUUGUUAUGUGCAACUUCACAUGAUAUAAUUAAUUGUUACAUCGGAGUGUGGAUAAUUUCUGCAAUGAAAAACCUAAACUGAUUAAUAACUAGAUGGUACUAGAAUUGUUGACAUAUUCAUGAUGUAGUGAUGGUGUAAUGUUGUGCAAUAAUUGGAGGACACAAUAUUUCAAGCAGUAAAUGAAAUGACUUUACUUAAUCAUUCUUAGCUAGUGAUGUCCCGAACGGUUUGGCGAAUGGUUCGCCUCGAACGGUUCGCCACGGACUUAUCAUUGAGUAAACUUUGACCCUGUACCUCACAGUCAGCAGACACAUUCCAGCCAAUCAGCAGCAGACCCUCCCUCCCAGACCCUCCCACCUCCUGGACAGCAUCCAUUUUACAUUCAUUGUGAAGCUGCAUUCUUAGUGAGCUGUCCAGGAGGUGGGAGGGUCUGGGAGGGAGGGUCUGCUGCUGAUUGGCUGGAAUGUGUCUGCUGACUGUGAGGUACAGGGUCAAAGUUUACUCAAUGAUGAGUCCGUGGCGAACCGUUCGGCGAACCGUUCGGGACAUCACUACUCUUAGCACAUACUGUAACAUUUAGGCCCAUACUCAAUGGAUUUUAAUUGGCUAGAAAUAACUUAGGCAAUAUAAACAGAACAAUACUGGUAGGUAAAUAUAUUUACAAUAUAUACAAAGUUUUACCUCCUGUGAUAGCUUUGAUGAUAUUUCAGAGAGGUAAGAUCUAAUUAUACAAGCUUGGUAUGGGCAAUAAAGUAACUAUUUUUUAUGAAAGCCAGGAAACCUACAUAGAAUAGGAAGCAUUAUGGUGAGCUGUGUAUACUACCUGUUGUGCAGUGGAGGCAACAGAGAUGUUUGGGGAAAUGGGAGUCUUUAGCAGAGGAAACAAUAUCGUGAGAGCAGAGUCUUUGGUAAGAGUGGAUAUAGAAGCAAAGCAAAUAUGACAAUACAUGAGUGUACCCAGGGAGCUUUAUCCAAGCUCAGAAGCAGACAUACAUGGGGUGACCUGUAAGAGUAGUCAGGAAUGAGAGUCAGUGUCUGGAAUAAGAGUCAGUGUCAGGAACCAACAAUGGAGGGCAAGGACAAUCCACAAGAACAGUCAGGAAUGAGAACAGUCAGGAAUGAAGAAUACACCAAGAGAGAAUGAGUUUCCUUGUCCUCCCACAAAAUGUUCAAGCUUAAAUGUAAUCAAUCAUUCUUUAACAUCACCAGUGAAGUUACUGAAAUAUCUGUGACCAGAGUAUUUGUACAGUUUUAAUGACAAUUCUGGUUAAAAGACUCAUUUUUAUUUUUUCUUGAGAAUUGUAUGUUAAGAAUUUGCAUAGAACAGGUAAUAAUUUAUACUUUACACUAUUUCUGUAAUAACAAAUACUCCAUAUUUUCUGUUUAUAUAUCUUUUUUUUCGGAACAAGCUAUGCUUAGAAAUGCUGGUUUUAUAGGAUAUGUAUCACUAUUUCAUUUAACAUAAAUGUUAUAGAAAUCUUCCCAUAAUAAUAUAAAUCAUUGAACUUUAUGGUUAUUUUUAUACAUAGUUUAAGCAUUUAUAUAAAAUAUACUGUUUUCACAUAAUCAGACUUGUUUAUCCAUUAAAUGUCUACAUCACGUAUUCAUUACUUUUUAGAUAGACCCAAAUCUGUGGGAGAUAAAUCAAGUUGCUCGAUGAGAGAAAGCCUUGUCAAAUGUACCUGUGUUAUCCAGUCAUUUCCACUAACAAACAUCACAUGGAAAAUCAAUAUGAAAUAUUACAUUACGAACAUUAGCAAUGACAGCCUUCACAUUGUUACAGUAAAACAGUCGCAUUCAAUCAGCACUAGCAACUUGACUCUGAAAUUAACGGAUGGUAAAAAGCCUCUGAUCGAAUGUAUGACUUAUAAUGAUAUCGGUGAUCUUGUUCUAAGACUUUUAGAUAACUGUGAGUAUAUGUUUUGAUAUAUAUGUCAUAUCUGCAUUAUGAAGAAUGUUUGUUCUUAAGCUUUUAAAGAGAAAUGCAUCACUUGUUAAAACAAUGUCAACCAGCAAUCAGACACUUAUGAACACAUAUACAAACCAAAAUAAAGCAUAAACAACUUUGACAGAUUUUUUUCCUGUAUGUAAUUUAAGUAUUAAAGUUCAAUUUACAGAGCAGGAGAUAAAUCAAUCUAAAAUAAGUUAACAUCUGACUGAAAAUGAAACUAUUUUGUUUUCAGGCAGGCUGUGCCAGUCAGGGGAGGUGUAGCUAUUGUUGUAUAAACAUUAACAAAGUUAUUUAAUGCCUAAAUGGCAGAGACUUGAGCAGUGAAACCUCAGAGGUAUGUUCUAUAAACAAAAACUGCUGUCAUUAAGCUAAAGUUGUUUUGGUGACCAUAGUGUUCCUUUAAACAUUGGUACCACAAACUGUUUUGUCAGAAAAUCUCUUCAGCUUAAUCUUAACUUGACAUUAGCAUUUCAGGAUGAAACAUAUAUAAGGUUAAAAUUUACUUCCAUAAAGGUUUUCUGUAGCCUUACAUGUAUAUUUGAAUGCCUUAGUAAACUGAUUUAUUGAUUUGCUAUCUUACAUUAUAUCAACGUUUCUUUUUUGUGAAACAUAAUUGUCAAAUAUAUGAAUCAAUUUCUUUGUUAUAUAUGCAUCAAUGUCAUGGACCCUUAAUAAAAAAAAUAAAAUAAUAAUAUAUAUUUAUACAUAUAUACAUAUGUAUAUAUUAAUUGGCUUCCCCAAUAGUUUUUCCAAAUGGGGUGAUGAGAAACGGAUAUAUGUGCCGCUACCUAUGAAACCUAAAAUGCUUCAGAGUUAGCAUAUGGACUAUACAUUGUCCUUACCAACUUAUUAAUGCCAUUACAAAUAUUUACUAAAUGGGUUGAUAUCCUCCCAAGUUUGUCAAAAGUAGUUUCUAACAUGUCUUGUCGAGCCUUACAGAAAUCCUCGGGUUAUUCUAUUAUAUGUAUUUAGAUGCAUAUCAUGAUGUAAAAUAAAUCUGUAGCGUGUUGUGAUUAUUUUCUGAAUCUGAAUUAUUUAUUUUUAUAUAUUUAGCGGGGGACAAUUCUUUCCAAUCUAGUAUUCCUGGAGUCAUUACAGGAGUUGUGAUCAUCGUUCUGUGCUUAGUAACAGCAGCCUUGAUUUUUACAUAUUCCAGAAAGUAAGUUUUCCUUCUGACAGUUUUUCAUUUUCCUGGGUAGCGUCUCUCGUUUCAUAAGGCUUCCCGUCCUUCCACGCCUAGCCAAUGCUUCCAUAGGAAAAGAAAGGUAUAAUAGAAUAAAAAUAUAAGUGGAUUUUAAUGCACUGUGCUAGGGCAGAACUGAAAUAUAAGAUACACUUUUCUAAAAUAGAAAAUAGUAAGAUUUAUGUAGAAAACAAAACUAUAAUAUUCUAUUCUAUUCUAUUCUAAAAAGUGUUAUAAUUUGCAUAUGACCCGUAUACUUUUCAUAUGAUUGUAAACAGCAUAAUAAAUAACAUAGACAAAAAUAAAAUACAAAUUUAUAGAGGUGGCAGUCAGCCACAGAGGGAAAGAGCUAACCGACUGCUGGAGAGAGUUUUUGUUUUCAUUAGUUUGUAUCCAUCAAAAUGGAAUUCUUAGUGUAACAAUGUAAAGUGAGUUUAAUGGUAAGGGAAUAUUCAUCCAGAGAUGCAAGACUUCUGAAAGGCUCAUUACUGCCAAACACCUGACAGUUGCUAAAAGCACAAAUAUGCCCUAUAGUUUUCUAUUAAAACCAAGAACGACCUUCACAUUUCUACUUUAUCAGGAGUAUAAGGAAUCUUUGUGGCUAUGUUUUAAUCUGUAACCUAGGAGACUGAAUCCAUGUUACAUUUGUGUGUUGUAUUUUAGAUUUCAAAGUAUUAUAUAUUGUAUAUUGAAUAGCAUUUCUCUUCUACCAAAUAUCAGAGUCAGUCAAAAUUACUCCAAUUGCUACAUCUAACACUCAAAGAGAGAAGUCUGAUCUUUUCUACAGAUAUUUCCAUUUGAUCCAACGUACAUUUUUUUACAUUUUCUUAUUUAUUUAAGGUAUUUUUUAAGAUCGGGGCAUCAAUCUCUACCUUCAAAAACAUACUUUUACUCUAAAAUUUAGACCUGCGUAGCCGUUCUAGUUGAUAUGGAGAUUCAUUUUCCAAUUUUGAUAUUUUGAUGUAAAAUUUUAGAUUUUAAUGUCAAUUGCCCGCAAUUUCUGGAUUAGUAAAUGUGUUCUAAUGAGCCAGAGUGUUACUCUUAAAUCACUGUUUGGAUGUUAACACCUUGGUUUAAUGUGCAUAGCAUAGUUAAACAGAUUAUUUUAGAUUAUUGUAAUCGAGUCUGUUUUGAUUGACAGAUAUUAAUUUACUUUCUAUGUCUAGGAGAAAACUGUCAGAAAAAAACGGAAACAUGAAGACUUCCAUUGUAAGCAACUCAGAGGCAAUCUAUUGCAACACAAAUCACGUAAGUAAUACUUUGAGGACUUACUAAUUAUGUGCUUACUUAACGAUCAUUUUGCUCAAGGGUUAGAGACAGCAAACUUAUAGUAGGAGGCUUGCUCAUAUCAUCACAUCACUGGCCCAUUCUGGCCACCAUAAAUAUCUGUAGAGCUACAUCGGUAUUAAUCUUAUAUAGGAAAAUUAUAAUAUAUCAAGGCCAGUUCACAUGAUUUAUUAAAAUAAAAUUUCACUGUCCUGGAGAAUGGGCCGAGCCACUUUGGUUUUCAAAAGGAUCAGGUCCUUUGUAAUUUUAGAAUUCCUUAUGAGCAUUAUAGUUUUCUGGGGUCCUUAUUCAUACUAAUAUAUUUUGCCUAUAUCAAGGGAGAGUGUUGUAAACUGUUUUCAAUAUAGAUUUUAAUACAUGUGCUUUAAGAGUAUGUGAUAGAAACAUAGAAUGUGACGGCAGAUAAGAACCAUUCGGCCCAUCUAUUCUGCCCAAGUUUCUAAAUACUUUCAUUAGUCCCGGGCCUUAUGAAUCUUGAUCUUUUUCAACUGGGAUUUACUGUAAUUUUCAGUUUGUUUAACUCAUUUUUAAUUGUUUAUAUUGGCUGAUGCUUAAACCUAUAUCUUAGUUGGAAAAAUCAUGUAUCAUGUCUAAAAUUAGUGUUUUUGUAUUGUCUGAUGUACUUGUGUUGCAUUGUCUGAGGUGUUGUGCAAAACAACACGGUUCUUCACUAAAGUGAGAAUUUAAAGUGAAUUUCAGAUUUAAAUCCAAAAAAGUUGAAUUUGAAAAAUUCUCUACGUAAGCUGUGCUCCAGUUUGGUUACUUUGGCCUCAAAUUUGAAGUUCACUUUGAAUUCUCACUUUUGUGGAUAACCCUGUCUGACAUGCACAUGGUACCCCUAACCCUGUCUGACAUGCACAUGGUACCCCUAACCCUGUCUGACAUGCACAUGGUACCCCUAACCCUGUCUGACCUGCACAUGGUACCCCUAACCCUGUCUGACAUGCACAUGGUACCCCUAACCCUGUCUGACAUGCACAUGGUACCCCUAACCCUGUUUGACAUGCACAUGGUAAUCUCUUGGCAUGCAUGUUGCUGUUCCAUGGCUAUUAUUUUGUCACUGGGCAGGCCAAGUUAGACAAUUUUAUCAGUUGGUGCCAUUUUUUUUUACAUAUUAAAAUACAAUAUAUUUUUUUGUGUUACGGCACAAUUAAUGGCAUGUGUUUCCUAUACAGAAUCCCAAAAUAGUUCCAGAGGAGCAACUAGAAGACCAAGACACCAAAACAGAAGAUGACUCAAUAUAUAUGAAUUGUGAUAAAGAACCGCAAUAUGUGACACUCGAUUUUUCAAAUCUGCAACCCAGAAUUGUUCCAGAGGAAGAGGAAGUAGAAUAUUCAGAGGUCAAAUGCACACAAAAACACAACUGAUCAUAUUAUCAUGCCUACACAUGGCAUUACGGAUUAUAUAUGAUUGGUAUGAUAUCUCAACUGGAUAUUAUAUUAAAUAUAUGGGAAAACUAUAUUGACCAUGAGAUGAUAUGGACUGCCUUAGCUGCCAUAUUUUUUAUCGACUGAUGUCUUAGGAGGCCGAUUAUGAUAAACUGAUUUACAGUUGUUUAUAUCUUAUUUGAUAUAUUUUGACAUGUUGGACAAUGAAAAAGGCCAAUCUUUUCAGUGAGUCUGAUGAGGACCUUUAUUUUCGGAUGAUUUUCUUUGGACUAUGCAAAAAUCUCACACCAUGCACUGCAGAAAAGUUGAAUCAUGGUUCAUUGGAACUUUUAAAUUAUUGUUAGGUUAUAUAUAACGUUCCAAUACAUGCCAAAACUCUGCACAAUAAUUAAAGUAAAAAAUAAGUAGAGGAUUAUAUAUAACAUGAGGAAUAUGGUUUACAGUCCUAUAUAUUACAAGGCCAUGCCAAACAGUCUAGCUUUCCACGUAGUUGGGGCAUAAAUGCACCAAAAAUAAAGUGCAAUACAUUCAGAAGGCAAAUUAGAUUAUCAGAUGAAAAUGUUUUAUGCUCCACAUUGAUUGUAUAAAUUAUGUGAUAUAGACAGCAGAUAGAGAGUAAAAGAAUGUGAUUGGUAGUUAGAAAUAAUUGGUUUGAGGUAAUUAAGCAAUAGUUUAAUUGUGGUAGCGUCAUUUUAAGAGGAAGAAUUUACAAUUUAGGGGAAGUCUCACAGAAUAAUAUAGAGCAUUUCAUAAAACAUCUCUAGAAAAGUCUGUAUGUCCCAGAAUAGGAGGUAUAGAAGUUGGACAAAUAGGUGGGUUGGCCAGAAAGGGGCAUCAGAUAUGGGUGAUCCUGCUUGUAAAAUGGGUUAGUCUAACUAAUAAGGAGUAUGUCAGUCGGUUGUGCAUUAUUAUUAUUAAUAUUACUUAUAAAGCAGCAACAAAUUCUGCAGCUCUGUACAAUGGAUGGGCUAACAACCAUGUAAUUGUAACCAGAUGAGUUGGACAAACAGAAAUAGAGGGAUUGAGGGCCCUGCUCGAUGAGCUAGUUUACAUGCUAGAGGGUAUUCACUGAGGGCUUAAUGUUUUGUUUUGAUGACAGUUGCAGGAGAGGAAUCAGGGUGCGGGGAGAGAAAGCUAUUCACAGUUUAAUUGAUAUGCAGUCCUGAAGAAGGAGCGGAGAUUGGAUGAAAUUCUAACAGAGAAGGGAAGGACGUUCGAUAAGAAUGGACUAAGUCAUCAGAUGUAGAGUACAAACAGAGGUUAGCCAUAGGUCUCUGGCAUAGAUGGGACCUAUUUGUGUAUUAUUGAGGAUAAGUAGAUCAGAGCAGCAUUGUGCAGAGAUUUUCAAGGAAGUACCAGGACACAGCUGGCUGACAGACAGUCACUCUGACCAGCCCAACCGAAGGCAAAUCAUGUGUAGAGUGUUCUUUAAAUGCUCUUCUCAUAGUCUUAGUGCUCUGAGGUUACUCAACACAGUAUGAGUGCAUCUGAUGAUCGUGGUGCAGAUUGGGGACAUCACUCUGGUGUUCCCAUUUGUGGGACACAAGGGAACAGAGCAGAACCUUGAAUUUGGGACGGUCCCUCCGAACCCUGGUCACUCGAGCAAUGUGAAAGUCUGUAAGUGAAAGUUCGAAGUGUGGCUGCGAGUAGUGAAUAGCUAAUAGUUAUUGGUGUAGUGGAAUUAAUUGAGAUAGAUUUUACUUUUACUAGGGCUGCAUUAAGGACCAAAACCAAGCGCUAACCUAAGGACAGAUGUGAUCUAGGAGUAUAACUCACAAUAUUGAAUAUAUAUACUGCUCUAAGAUUAGAGAAACCCUUGCCCUCAUUUUAGCCCUAACAUGAAUCUCAAUUUUAAAAUAUGCAAUGAAAAAGAUACAUAGAUCUGAAGAAUGUAUUAGGGGAAAAUAAUGCCAAGUUUGGGUUGAGACAUUUAUAAACCACUAGCUCUUCAGUGUUGUAGCAUGUUCUGAUAUCUAUCCAGAACCUUCAAUGGCAUUUUAUUCUUAUAUUAUACAGUUUACAAUUAUGUAUCUUCUCUCUUUCACAACAUUUUACUGAAGUCCCACAUUUUCAGCAGUAUGUACAAAAUUCUAUGAUUCUUCAUGAAACAAAAAAUAAUGUUGUAAUAAAAAUUAAUGCAGUCUGUUUAGUUUAAAAAAAACCAUUUACCGUAUAUACUCGAGUAUAAGCCGACCCGAAUAUAAGCCGAGGCCCCUAAUUAUACCCAAAAAAACUGGGAAAACGUAUUGACUCGAGUAUAAGACUAGGGUGGGAAAUGCAGAAGCUACUG